AUGGCCGCAAAGGAUACGCUAUACUUGGAGAAUAAUAUUAGAUCAGCUAUUCAUAACGUGGACUCCUUCGUUGGUCUCCAGCUUUGGGAUAUUCCUGGACACGCUAAUCUAGAUCUACUCGGCAUUGAUCUCUCUCAGCUAUCCACUUUAGUCUUCGUUGUUGACGCUCAAGACGAUUACACAAGAUCUUUGACUCAGCUACACCAAAUCAUUCUCAGAGCAUACAAGGCAAAUAAACAAGUUAAUAUUGAAAUAUUCGUACACAAGGUUGAUGGCUUAUCUGAUGAGUAUAAGUUGGAUACUAUUAGAGAUAUUAAAUCAAGGGUAUCCGAUGGUCUAUCUGAUUACGGUUUGGACAGUCUACUACGUCCACAGCUUAGCUAUCAUUUGACUAGCAUAUACGAUCAUUCAAUUCUAGAUGCUUUCAGUAAAGUCGUUCAAAAGUUAGCUAAACAAUUGCCCGUCAUUCAGAACCUGUUGAAUGUCUUCUGUGCUAAUUCCGGAAUAGCCAAGGCAUUUCUAUUUGAGCAGAAUAGCAGACUGUAUUUUGCAACAGAUGCAACAGUAGCUGACGCUUCAACUUUUGAAGUAUGUGUCGAUGCCCUGGACACUUUCGACAAAUUUUCAAAGUUGUAUAAAUAUCAUCCGUCUAUUGAGCAGGAUCAGGAUCAGGAUCAAAGCGAGCAAAAUCAGGAUCAACAUCUUAACCCUAUCAAAAACUUAAAACAACCCGCUACAGCUAGUAUACGACUGGCUAGCGAUAUAACCAUUUCCAAAUGGCAAAUACACGAAAAUCUAAUUCUCAUUGCUCUCAUAAAAAGUGAUACCUUUGAUAGGUUCAAGCAGUCAAUAGAUUACAAUGUCUCUUUUGUUCGGGAUGCGAUUGUUGAUAUUGUUGAGAUGGAGAAGCGGUCGAGAAGUUCACGUAGUGCAUCAAUUGCAACCAAUUGA